UUUCAGAGGAUCACUUUAAAAAACAACCCCAAAACUAUAUUUGGAACUGCAACUUUGGAUAGAAAUGACAGCUUACUACAAAGAAGGAAAGCCUUGUGUCAUCCCUGACUUUCUGCAUCUGAAUAAUUUGGGCUGUGAAACUGUAGGAGGAAAGAUUUUAUUUGCAACAGAUGACUUUUUUGCUCCAGCAGAAAACCUCUUAAAGAAACCAAGACCAGUAUUCCAUGCAGACCUAUUCACUGAUUAUGGGAAGUGGAGGGAUGGAUGGGAAACCAGGAGGAGGCGGAUUCCAGAUCAUGAUUGGUGCAUCAUUCAGCUAGGAAUGCCAGGUAUUAUUUACGGGAUUGAAGUGGACACAUCUUAUCUGGCUGGAAACUGUGCUCCUCUGAUAUCUGUCCAAGCUGCAUGCUUGAAGCCAGAGGAGUUACCAGCACUGCAACCAAGAGGGAGCAGAAUAGGGACUGCAGCUUCAAAUGAAGAGUUGAAGGUUGCCAAGGAGAUCCGAUCAGAUGAGUGGACUUUCUUGGUUCCCAUGUCAGAAAUAAAAUCUGGAAAUCUUGAUCUAUGUCAUAAUUAUUUUUCUGUGACUUCAAAGGAACGGUGGACUCAUCUAAGACUAAAUAUAUAUCCAGAUGGCGGUAUUGCGCGUUUAAAAGUCUAUGGCACAAUGCUGAGAGACAGGUCACUUUCUGACUUGAAUCAUCUUAGUGAUUUGGUUGCAAUGGUGAAUGGAGGCAUCUGUGUUGGAUACAGUGAUGCUCAGUUGGGUAACCCUCAAAAUAUCCUAGGAAUAGGAAGACCAAAGUCCAUGAAAGAUGGAUGGGAAACAAGAAGAAAUUUGGAAAGACCCCCAGUUUUGAAAGUUGAUGACAAAGGGGUUCUCCUUCUUCCAGGUAGUGAAUGGGCAGUCUUUCGACUGGGCCAUUCGGGUCUAAUAACCCAUGUAGAAAUAGACACUACUUAUUUCAAAGGAAACUUUCCAGAUACCUUUAAACUUGAAGCCUGCAUUUUGAGCAUACAAGAAGAAAAAAACUAUUUGGAACAAAAAUGGAAACACAGUCCUAAAUGGAAGAUUUUGCUGCCUGCAAUCAAGCUUAAACCCCACAAGAGACACUUUUUUGAUGCUACCAUGAUAAAGGCUCUGGAAGUAUUUACUCAUGUGAGACUUACUCUUGUUCCAGAUGGAGGUAUAAGUAGGAUGCGCCUAUGGGGCUUUCCACGAGCUCUGUCCAAUGAGAAGAAGUAGAAAUCUUCAGAGAAAAAUGCUAUACAAAACUGAAUGUGUUCCUCUUUAUGUGUAUCUUCACUUAAUUGUUUCUUCCCAUUAUUAGUUCAAACAGAGUUGUUAGCAAAUAACAACAUAAUCACUUUAGUUGAAUGAAAAAAAUGCACAUUUGCUUAUAGGCUAUCUAAUAAGGGAAAUUUUAUUAUAUGUUAAGUAGUGAUAAGAUAACCUCAUGCACACAUAAAACAUAUAUAAGUAAUAUGAGCGGAGUGUUGUUGUCUAGGGGUGCAUCUACACUGUAAAAUUAAUGCAGUUUGACACCACUUUAGCUGCCAUGACUCAGUGCGAUGGAAUUCUGGCAUUUGGUGAAAUACCAGCAAUUUUGGCAGAAACUGCUAUAUAGAUCUCAUGUGUCUAUAACUCCUAAGAUUCCAUAGCAUUGAGCCACAGCAGUUAAAAGUGGCGUCAAACUGCAUUAACUUUAUAGUGUAGACUGGAUUGAACUUGAAGGAGCUGGGGGUGGUGACGGCCGACAGGGAGAUCUGGCAUGGGCUGUUCCAUGAGGUCACUGAACGAAUGAACAACAACAAAAUGAUCAUAUAUGAUGUCAUGUGUGGAAGGAUUUAUAGCCUAUUUCUGUUAAUGCUUUGCUGAAAGUCAUUCCUAAGGAAAGUGGGAAGAAGCAUACUUAUGUUAAGAAGCUUUACAGAUUCUAAUUGAAGUAAUAUAAAAAAUGGUUUCAUCUGGCUAGUUGGACAAUAGAAUAUACUUGGAGUUUGUGUACUAUGAUCAGUGUUUUAUUUUUUGCCCACAUUUAGGGACGUGCUUUGCUAUGGCUUUGUGUAUAACCUUUUCCUUUAGAGAUUAUAAUAAAGAUAUAUUUACACUUUC